AUGUUAUAUGAACUUAAUUUCGAAGCCAUUUGUCGGUUUCCUGCGAAUGACAGUGCUUUCGAGCUAGAGUUUCUCUAUAAUGAUCAUACAUUCAGACACAACACAUUUUACAGAAAUGAUGGUUCAGGAGUCGGUUCAGAACGAAAUUGGUGGUUUAAUCCAUUGCCAAAUAGUCAUCAUUUUAUAAAAUCAGAUAUUAUUGAACUUUUCUCACGCUUCGAAACCUUAGAAACAAAUUUACUCGCAUCCUCACAUGAUGAUCUUGAUGGAGAACAUACUGCAUGGUUGAAAAACACAAAUGUCAGUACCACUUGUUAUGAUGAUCCAACAAAAGAUUAUUCAGGACGAGUCGCCUCAAAGGUUGUUCUUGACAAUCAGACGCAUGUCAAUGAGACAUCGUUGAAAUUUUGCGAUGAAUUACGACCGAAUUUAAUAUUGAAAACUGGUGGAACAGGAAUCAAUUCAGAUGAUAUCACACCAGAAACUAAUACACCACUUGUCGAAGAUCAAUGUGUAGUGAUUAAUAUCGGUACUGAAUUACCCGACACGAGAAGAGUAUGUGUAUUAUUUCUGAAUGUUCAUUGAAUCACGAUAUAUUAUUUAUGUGUUUAACUUGAAUUUGUAAACUAUCUUCGGUAUUUAUGCUCUGUUUAGUGAUAUUGGUGAUGAUAUUCAGAUGGGUGAACAUGUUUAUACAAAAGAACGUUCGUUUAGGAUCCACUGAAUUAGGUUUACUUGCUACAGUUGGACUACAAAUAAUAUAUGUUUAUGAGAAACCAUGUGUAGUCAUUAUUUCAACUGAUAGUGAGAAAUUCAUUAUAAUAAUAAAAUCAUUCUUAUGAGUGCAUUAAAAGAUUUGAAUAUACAACAUGGUAUAUUCUUUCAGUAUGACAUUAUAUAUAACAAAUAACUUUAAUCCGUAUUCCGUAUCGUUUCAAACAACUAUUUCGAGAAUUUAUUCUAGUGAAACAUCGCUUAUUUAGACAUUACAAUCUCAUCAUCCAAUAGUUCAUGCACAGAUAUGUAUACUUGAAUUAGCAUAGGACAUUUUUAUUUGAUCAUUUAGUUUAAUGAAUCCAUCGACUAUCUUGAUCCACGACCUAGUCAUCAUUGAAUGGUCAACAAAAUCUUCAAUUUCAAUAGCACUCAUUCUUGUGUGGAUGUGUCUGUGGAUUGUAUUUUUCAUUGACACCCAAACCUUCAAGCCAUAUAUUUUGUUGUAAUGUCGUUCUUCUUUUUCUGGUGAUCAUAAAACGCCAUG